AUGGAUGCCCUUCAGCAAUACCACUGUUCUCCUCCCGAAACGACUUACAACCCUGCCAUCUCAGCCAAUGUGUCCUCUUACUUUGUCCGGCCCAACAAAGUCGUCAAACCGAGCAGCAGGAAUAGCAGUCCACGGAUAUUGGGACGAAGGAAAACCAUGACUGCAGCCGCUGCUUCAUCGAGAACUAGGUCUGUCGUCGACCAUCUCCGCUCCCGCACACAGUGGCAGAACACAGAGAUGCCUCGCUCUCGACCUGUCAGUUGGCAUCCGAACUCUUUCGAGGCCUUGAACUCGACAUUCAACCCGGUUGACAAUGAGCUGGACUUGUCUACAUGGGAUUUCUCGACGGCCCAAGUCCACGGCCUCGUAACGCCUAUCUCUUAUCAGGCCAUGAACGAGCCCCAGAUCCGAGAGCCCUUCACGCCGCUCGAUGAGCUGCCAACCCAUGAUCCGGGUUCAGUAUAUGAGAGUCAACCUUACCUCGAAUCCAUGUGGCUCGGCCAGGGACAGGUCAAAUCAAACUCAAAUCCCUUUGCGCUCUAUUCUCAACAAUCCUUCGUGCAACCAGUGUGGGGUUUCAACCAACCCGUCAUGGCGCCGAAUGUACAAACGGCUCCCUCCUCCCCGGAUUGCCUCCCAUUGCAGAACUUCGGGCUUGACACAUUAUCCCUCGGCAACAGCGACUCGAAUUUGAAGGAUGACUCCGAGGAAUUGGUCGCCAUGGGUUUGUACGAUUCACCCGCUGAAGUCCAGUCAUCAAGUCUGCUCUUCGACGGCUCUGCAGGCUCAGCAAGAAAGGGAUUGAAGCUGGAAGAGUCCUUUGAACCUGUGGAACAGGAGGAAGAAGACGAAGAAGACGCCGAUACAGAGGAUGCCGAAGAAGAUGAGGCGGGCCAGCAGGACGCUCAGCACGAUGAAGAUGGUGGUGGCAACUUGUGGAAUACCUCUGACGAGUAUGAGGCCCCUUCUAUCGCGGAUCACUUGACAUUCGGGAUGCAAGCACAGCCAGAUUCGCUGGCUAUGAAAUAUCUUUCGACUCUGAGGCAGCUGAACAGCGCCUAUUACCCUUCUGGCCAUUCUUACGGUUGGGCCUGA